AUGUCGUUCAGACAUACGUUACAAGGUGGUUCCCAAUCCAAUUCUAGUCAAGAUAGCAAGCAAGGACACAACCUGUAUGCCAGUGGGAAAACUCUAGGUAUAUUUGCUACUCCCAAGCCCGCUUCUGCGACCAGUAUGGAUCCCACCACCAACAACAACAACAAUAAUAAUAAUACUCAAACUUCAUAUCUGCCUAAACGGUCAUCCUUUCAAUAUUCAGCAACGAAAUCAACACCAUUGGAUUAUUUCACCAACAAUCAUUUUUCUACGUCAUUUAAUUCAUUGAUAUUGGAUGAUUCAUCUGAUAUCACCAGCCAACAACCUCAACAUCAUCACCACCAUAAUAGAAGAAGUAUCAAAAAGAGAAUAUCUAAAUCACCUCCUUUUAAUGUAAAAGAAGAUUUCUAUGGUAGUGGAACUGAAGAUCUUGAACAUGAGAUGAAUACUGAGGACGAUGAUUCUAUAUUGCAGAAAAAGUAUCACUCACCUGGCGUUAAAGAAGUGAAACCAAGACGAUUAUUUGAGAAUAAUAGUACAAUAUCUGAUGAAACUAUCGAUGAUAAUUAUAAUGAUAUUACACUGCUUGAUCCAAGAAGUAAUAGUGCAUCACAACAAUCAUCUAUAAAGAGAUCUUCCAAAUUUUUGAAUCUUUCAAUUGAUUCAUCAAGCAACAAUCAAUUGAAAUUGAUGGCUAGUCUGCAAGGGAAGAACAUGGGUGGAGAACCUGGAGGACUCGAAGAUAUUGAUUAUAUUAGUGAUUUAAAUGAAAUUGAUUCAUCAAUAAUUCGAAAUUUUUCUAGAGAACCAACUCCAAUUGAAAACUCAAGUCCUAUAACGAAAACGACCCCAUUCAACAAUAACAAGUCCAAAAGACCCCAUAUACUCAUAAGUCAAUCACCAUCACCAUCAUCUCAGGGUAAAAUAGUGAAUAAAACUCAACUAUUCCAACAAUCAAUGAGCAAGCAUAAACAUUCUACAUCUAUUGAUCCAUUAAAUCUCAAUUAUGAUGAUGGACCAAAAUUAUAUUCUCCGUCUCAUCUUGGGAAUAAAGGGUUCAAAUUAUUGAAGAAUGCCGAUAAAGAUGCAAUUAUUUCACCAAGUAGACCCCUUAGAUCUAGUCAUCAACAACAACACUCACAACCACAGAAUCAACAACAACAACUAGAACCACAACUACAACAAACAUCACAACCGCAUAUGCCUAAUUUCCUUCAUAAUACCAAUAAUACUAAUUCCGACAAUCGUCCAAAAAGAGUACUAAGUGGUAAUAAAAUAAGAAAAUCAUCAUUAAACAAUAGUGUUAUGAAAAGUCCAUUCACUACUAGGCCCUUACCAGAUACCCAGCAUGAACAACCAAACUCAUCAUCUUCUCCAGUAUCGAACUCAUAUGGAUUUGAAUAUUAUAAUUUGGAUAACCUUGAUGGAAUGGAAUUAGAUUUAAACGACGAUAGUCCUUCCAAGGGUAGGAAAUUAUCCAAUUCAUUAUCUAGCUCUUCCACGAACAAUAACAUUGUGAUUUAUCAAGAUAGUGAGACGGACGCAAUAAAGACAAGGAAGAAAUUGAAAAACCAACUUGCUGAAUCUAAUUCCAAUACAACAUUAAACAUCCCAAUUCAUGAUGAUAAGGAAAACGACUACCAAUCAUCCAACAAGGCAUCUUCAUAUAGAUUCGUGAAACCAUUACAAACAGCGUUCAAAUCUACUGGUCUCUUGAAGAAAAGCGCUCAAAAUAAUAAAGACGCUGGGAGCUUUAAACUUCCACCGGAAACUCCUAUCAAAAGACAUCCGGUUAUGUUAUUAGGAAAUAAUGGAGACCAGCAAGUGCAAGCUAUAAUGCAAACACAUAUACAUCCUCGAGGUUCGAGUUUGAGUCAUAUGAUUUCUUCUGCACACGAGGAAAAUAAUGUUGUAGAUGAUCUGGAACAUUCAAUUGAAGUUGGUAGAAACAAUUCAAUUAUUAAUAUUGAUAAUUCAAUAUCGGAUACUAGCUCGACAUUUUUCAGAUUACCACAGAAUUCUACAUCUACAGUAAAUUCAAAUCAUGUUGGACAAAAUAUCUUAACUCAUAAUACAGACUUGGAUAUUGAACUUUCAGGAUCUGAAAUGGAUUUUGAAGAUUCUAAAUUCAAUGAUGAUGAUAAUGAUGAUGUUAUACCCGAAACACCUACUAAAUCAACAGUUAAAAAAUCACAUUCAAUACCUGCUAAUUUUAGUCCAGUCUCCUUUAGUAAGCUGAGGGCAUCUAAAAAAGAUAAAGGGUUUGUUCCCAAACUUAAUCCAUUAACGAUAUCUAAAACAAAGAUGAAAAAGGAUGAACCAUCUACACCUAUUAAUAACAUUCUUCUGUUGACCCAAAGUUCUCAAUUAAUAAAGAAUCGUCACAAUGAUACCAUUGAUGAAGGCUCACUGAGGGAUUUGUUUAGUCGUGGAAAUUCAUCUGCAACAACCUCACAUCAUUAUGCGUCUACUUUAAAUUCAAUCAAUUCAUCGCAAGCUACAUUAUGUACAGAAUCACUUGCUAAAUCAAUGAAAAUUGAUGACCAUUUGAUCAAUAAAUUUGGAUUGAAGAAUAUAAAAUACCUAGGUACUGGAGAGUUUUCAAUUGCAUUUGAAUGUUUGUUUAACAAUGAAAAAUUGGCCAUUAAAAGAUCAAAGAAGCCUAUUAUUGGGAAACAAGAGAAAAAGGCAAUCAUGAGAGAAAUUGAUGCACUUCGAGCACUUACUUCCGUGAAGGACAGUGACAAGUUGAAUUUACUCGAGCAGGACGAGGGGAAAGAAUACUUGGUGUAUUUUAUUGAAGCAUGGGACUUUAAUAAUUAUUUCUAUAUUAUGACUGAAUAUUGUGAAGGUGGAACUCUUUUCGAAUUCUUAGAAGAGCAUAAAAAUUAUAAACUUGAUGAAUUUAGAAUAUGGAAGAUUCUAAUUGAGAUAUUAAACGGAUUAAAAUUCAUUCACCUGCAAAAUUAUUUGCAUUUAGAUUUAAAACCCGCAAAUAUUUUUGUUACAUUUGAAGGAUCUUUAAAGAUUGGAGAUUUUGGAUUAGCUACUAAAUUACCAAUUUUAGAAAAAGAUUUUGAUUUAGAAGGUGAUAGAAAUUAUAUUGCACCUGAGUUGAUUAACGAUAAGAUUUAUACCCCGUUUGCAGAUAUUUUCAGUGUUGGACUUAUUAUCCUAGAGAUUGCAGCUAAUAUUAUUUUACCAGAUAAUGGAACUCCAUGGAGAAAAUUGAGAAGUGGAGAUUUAUCAGAUGCUGGAAAAUUAUCCAGCGAUAAUAUCAGUGAUUUUUUGCAACACCAAAAUUUCAGUUCACUUUCUUCAUACAAUUCUUAUGGAAUUUCGUCUACAUCAUCCUUGAGUCAUCAUUUCACUCCUAACCCACAAACUUCACAAGUUUGGCAACAAAAUAGAAGGGAAGUCAAGGAAUUAAUUCCGCUGUGGGCACCCGAAUUCUUGGUGGGGAGUAGUGUGAAUAACUUAGAUCGCUUAGUAUCUAAGAUGUUAAAGCCAAACCCAUUCGAUAGACCAAAUGCCAAAAUGAUCUUACUGAUGGAUGAAUGCAUGAUUAUAGAAAACAGACGAAAGGCAGGUGCAACUAUCUACGAAGGAGAAUUUGGUCCGGGUAUUGACGAAGAUUAA